CACUUGACACUUGAAGCGAAGGAAUUCAGUUUGAAGAGAAAAAAACAGCAACCAGGAAGUUAAACAGAGAAGGAAACGUAUUCGCUUCAAACUCCCGGGUGUUUUAUAAACACCCGCAAAAUAAAAAGAAAAAUAACAGCGUCAACUUAAAAGAAAGUCAAUCCUUGGGGCUUGCCGUCCAACGGGCACAGUUUCUGCUAAGAUGGACAAUGAUCCGGAGCGGGGAGGAGCAGCAGCGGAGCCGCAGGACAAGGUGCAGACCUUGAAAGAUCAGGUAGAUGGGGUGAAAAACAUCAUGACGCAGAAUGUGGACAGGAUUCUGGCCCGAGGAGAGAGACUGGAUGACCUCAUGGACAAGUCAGAGGACCUACAAGCAGGGGCUCAGCACUUCAAGCAGACGUCUCAGAAGGUGGCUCGCUCCUACUGGUGGAAGAACGUCAAGCUAGUCGUGGUCAUCGUGAUCAUCGUCCUCGUCAUCGUCCUCAUCAUCGUCCUGCUGGCCACCGGAGUCAUCCCUGUCAGUUCCCCUGUGCCUCCUAUUGUCCCUCCCACCCCCAAGCCAUAAACACACAUACACACACGGAUAAUGUACAUCUAGACCUAAUUAAAUCAUAAACAGAUAUUGCACAGUAUAUUAAGUAAUAUAUAUAGACUCAAGCAAAUCACUGCUGUCUGGUGAAAACUUUAUUACUUCUAAGUUCGUCUCUAAUGCAAACUUUCUUCCUUACUUUGGAAUUCAAGGACUUCAUUCUUUGGUUUAAGGAACUUUAAUGACACAUGUAAUUUUGAAACCCUUUCAAAACACAAUUCCAGUUUAGGUAUUUCUGAACUUGUGAAAAAUUAAAUGAAAGUCUCUGAAAGGUCUGAAGUCUUCAUCCGACAGCAGCACAAACACUGUCACUGUUCUCAAGGAAGGCUUCCUGCCGCUGCAGCAGCCCUGCAUGGGUUCGCUGUUUCACCACCGACGGUUUUUUCAUCUUGGCAAAGAGAAAUGAUGUGUGUGGCUUUGUUCAGCCUCCUACUACACAUCAUGUUUGUCUUGAAUGUUUUCACUUAUGCGCACCUUUUAUGAAGGACAGUUUGUAUAGUGUAAAAGAUGAAAAUGCAGUGUUUAAAAGAUUUUUUUUUUGUUGUUGCUGAUAUUGGACAAAUGCACCAAACACAAAUCUGUAGCAAGUUUAGCUCACCGUAUAUUUAAUGAAAGGCUGCAUUGUGUGUUGCAUUUAUAUGUUUACCAUGGUUCAAAGUUCUUCUGACAAUCUAGAAAAAAGUAAUGAUCAUUCCUUUGAAAUUCUAUGAAAAUUUUGUCACAUAGUUUAUUGAGUGCAUGAGGUGAGCACUGCUUUGCUUCAUUUAAAAAUAUUGUCAUCAGGUCUUGAUGGUGUUGAGGGCUUAUGUUUAGGGUUUGCACUGCCAAUAGUACAUAGUCAAACCUGAAAACGACACAAUAUUUGCAGUUUUGUGGUUUUUCUGCUCUACAGAAAUGUGCGGUUGGUGGAGAGGAAGAUAACACAAAAUUGUAGAUUUGUACAUUUGCAGUAUCAUCAGCCUUUUUAAAUGGUCAUGUCCAGUUUUUGUUUUAACUCAAGAAAUAUUGCAGUUUAGAUGUAACGCUUUGGUACUUUGAUUCAGUAAACCACCAGGGUCACCUGUUCAAGUUCACUUCCAGUAAUGGAGUACCAGGCUCUUUUAGCCAACCAGCUGAGAGAGAUCAUUUACAGCCCCCAUUCUUCCCCCUAUUGGGCCCAUGUCAACCAACUGGCCCUCACAGUCACAGCUUUUAACUACCUGCUACCUUAACCUUCCUCUGUCUGCUGUUACAGGACCAGUUUAGAUUCCAAGGGGUCAACAUAAUUCGCAUUAUGUGCUGUAAAUAGCCAACACAUUCUCACUUAAAUGUAUAUUUGCAACAGUCAUUUACCAAUGUGUUAAUUAAAGUAUCUGCUCUUUUAGAGGGUAUUUAUUUAAUGCUUUGUCAUUUGUGUUCUUUCUUUCUCUAAUCAAAAAUCCACACUUAGUAAUUAUAAGAUGGUACAUUUGAAUUAAUCCCCUAUUAAUCAAUUUCUUCAAGCAAAUAUAAGUAGUAGUAGGCUGUGUUGGAACAGUGUGCAGCACUGCACACUGUGUUUUUGUUUUUUUGUUUUUUACAUGGCUCUGUUCACUCUGUCAUACUGUGAGUAAUGCUGUGUGACACCAUGACCCAGCUGCAGCAGGUCUGUCAUUGUGUUGACUGCUAUUUUACAAGAACUCUGCCAUUUUGAAUCCAGAAUCCUGCUCAGCUGAUCUGUGAUGUAGCUUAAUGUUUGAUUUGCUGAACUCUCAAGGGUCUUAUUCUGAUGACUUCUGGUAUUUAUUGGUUAUAAUAGUCUGAUAUGAAAUAAAUAGCAUUUACCUCA